UUUUCACAAUAGACAUUUAUACACCAUUGGAUAGAGAAUUUAAAGGGCUACAUUUUGGACUAUUUAUUUUUUAAAACACUCGAAAUCGACUUUUUGGCCUAAUGUCCGCUUAGUUGCCCACUGUGCAACCACCGUAUGUUUACAUUAAUUUGGCUAAAGUUAUUAAUGAAACUGAACCAUUAGAUUCAAGUGAUAAUACUGAAUAUAGUGGAAUACAGAUACCUAAAUUUACUACUACUAAUGAUGUACUUUUUUUAACAGAAAAUGAUGAUCGUUUAUAUCAUAAUGAUCCUCCAACAAUAUUAACAUCUCAUAUAUCUGAAUUACCACAGUACAUUUAUAAUCUUCAACAACUAAUAGCUAAAAAAACUGAAAUUAUAUUUAAAAAUAUUUGA